GUUGUAUUUUGACUUUGACAAAGGGGUUUUAAGGGUCUUAGCUAUAAGUAGAAGAAAUUGGCUCGAAAGAAGAAAAAAGUAUUAACGAAGAAAUUGAAUUUUGAUCUUUAAAUCUUGAUUGUUUAACAGAAACAAGAACCAGAAAGAUGGGUCAAGCUGAAAGCGCUGAAGCACAACCACUCACCACAACCACAGUGGAUUCGAGUUCAAAUUCCAAUUCCCCUUCUCUGGAAUCUGUAAUCGCAGAAGCUGCUGCAUAUGGAAAUCAAAACACUGCGAAUGUUGAGGAAAUGGCUCAGAAAGCUCUUGAAUGCCCUUGUAUUGCUGACCUAAGAAGUGGCGCUUGUGGGGGUCAAUUCUCAAAGGCGUUUCUUUGUUUUCUCAAGAGUACUUCUGAAGAAAAGGGCUCGGACUGCGUAAGUCCAUUUGUUGCUCUGCAGAGCUGCAUCAAAGCCAAUCCAGAUGCGUUCUCUAAGGACAUUCUAGGCGAAGGUGAAAGCUCGAAGUCGGAGCCAGUCCAAGAAUACAAAAUAACUCCUCCUGAUUGGGCUAAGGAAUCUAGAAGAUCUAAAAAAUCAAAGUCGAAGCUUUAAGGGAAGAGCUGAGUCCUACUCAAAUAACAGAAUGAAUGCCAAAUUCAUUUUAAAUUUGUAUUAGCUUUGCCUGAUUGAAAACAUUAUAGGUUGGAUUAGGGCCUGCGAUAUUUCCUAUAUUCACUAAUCAUCAGAGCGUUCCAUCUUACUUUUACAUUCCCUAUCAAUUGAACAUAACUAAUCAUGAGUUAGAAUGUUAUUAUCAUGAUCUUCAAGUAUUCAACUAUAUACAUAUACCUUUUAAUCA